AUGACGAACAAUUCAUAUACUGUUAAGUAUUGAGGCAUCGUUCAAGGAUCCAUCGGUGUCUUGAGCAGGAAAAUGCACUUUCGUAAAUAUAAUCAAUCAUACACCUGCUCUUUAAAUACAACACAAAGAGACUUAAUUGGAAAAUAGCAAUAAUUUCGAUAACGAGAUGGGCCCAGUGACAAGCCCAGAAAAUGAAUAUCAACCUAGACAGACAAAAUUAUUGAAUUUCCAGUCUCUGAAGCCUAAAAUUUACAAGCUAAAGCCUUUGUUCUCCAAAUCAAAUAAAAAGGUCAGCAUAAAUACAAGUACAGACAGCCAGAUUAUGAUGAAAUAAGGAUGUAGAUGAAAAUGUUAACCACAAUUCAAGGGCAUCUAGUCAAAGAAGUGACACCAGAGUUAUAUACAGUGCCUUUGAAGAUACAUUAUUAGGAGAAAUAGAUCAGGAAAAUCAAGCAUUAAAAGAAAAGGAGAAAGCUAUUCGAACUAAGGAUGAAACCACUACCAUCAAACAUCAUGGAGAAAUAAAUAUACAAAAUCUGAAAUACAAAUAAAGAUCUAAACAAAGACCUUAAAGAAGACAUUGAUCCUUUUUCAAUGCAGGAUGAAAUUAAUACAGGAAUUCCUAAUCCAGAAAAAUACAAUAAAUUCAAAGUGCAUAAAUUUUCCCUUCCAAAAGUGCUGCACAAAAUCCAUCCCACCAUGCCAGGCCUCACUCAGAAAAUAACUUUUACUGCAUCGAAAGCUUCGGCAUGUAGUAAGGGUCUUAAGGGGUUCAAAUUAUCAAACUCAUACGUCUCUGAAGAACCCAGCAACACAAGGUUUCAAUCUAAGAAUUACUUUACAAGGUCCCAUAGAUCUAAGGCCAAUAAGUCUCUUGAAAAGUUCACUACUAUUUCCAAGCUACUGAGAACCAACCCUAAUCAAGUUCUUCACUCAUGCAUGCAGAGACAGUCUGUUAGUAAAUACUAUAAGGCCUAGUGAAGAGAGCUAUCCAUGCCCGUCACCACAUGAUAGUCCAAGAAAAAGUCUUAAUAAGACUGUUACAAAGACCUUCCAACCUCGAGUCACAUUAAUCAAGAGAUCCAAAAGCAAUCAUUAAUAGUUAACAUUCAACAGUGAUGUUAUUAAGAAAAUUCA